UCGGUCACAGCCGCAGCUGGGCCGGCCGACAGGCCUCGGUGCCGCCCGUCACCCGCCGCGGCCCGAAGGCGUCAGUGGUGCGCGGUUCCGGCUGCCCUGCCGUGACUCUGAGCUGACGGACCGGCACCUCCGGCCCGUGUACCGUGACCUGGCGUGACCUGGCUCGGGCGGGUGUGCUACCAUUCAGCGUGGACUGGCUUGGAGCAGCAUCAACACAUUCAGGCGCACCACAGCUACUGUCUGCCGUGAAUUUCGCUGAUCAGCAAACAUCUACCGCUCGCCGUUGACUAACAUCCUGACUCAGCAUGACCUGUCGCGAGGUCACCCCGACCCAGUGACAUGCGCGGCCCUGGUGCGUGAUGCGGCGCUGCGCCGGGGAUGGCUGCAGUUCUCAGCACCAGCGGGGACGGCAGCGGCGGCGGCGGCGACGCGCUGACCCUCGACUUCAUCAGCGGGCUGACCAACGAGGAGAAGCUGCUGAUCAUCGUGGGCAGCGCCGGCGCCGUGCUGCUGAUCGUGCUGCUCGUGGUCUGUCUGGUCGGAGAGGUGUGCCCCCUGCACACCGUCCUCUACAAAGAUGAGUGCUCGCUGGGGAGCCGGCCCGGCUCGCUGUCGUCGUCCCGGAACCUCGGAAACAGCCGAAGUCAGUCGAGGGAUGACCUGGACACACCGAGGCCGCCCAAAAAACGACCCGAGAGGACGGGUCUUUUGGACGGUCUCAGCCUGCAGUCGCGCGGCCGGGACUCGACCUACUCGUCCAUGUCGGACAGCGGACGACACUCUCCGACCCCGACACUCGCCUCGUUCAGGAGCGCGCCGCUGAGCGGUUCAUCCGAGUCCGUACUGGAGCGGUCCGGGGCCGGCCAGCUGAACUUCUCCCUCCAGUAUCAGACCAACGGAGACAGGCAGAUCGGCAAGCUGCACAUCAACGUGCAGGAGGCCCGUGACCUGCCGUCGCGCGACUAUGUGGGCACGUGCGACCCGUUCGUGCGCGUCACCCUGCUGCGGGAGAAGCGGUCGCUGCGCGGCUCCCGCAGCUCGGUCGUCUGCGAGUUCCUCACGCGCACCCUGCGCCACACCAGGAGUCCCAGCUUCAACCAGACGUUCAGCGCCGAGAUCGUCAAACCGGACCUCAAGGACUGCGCCCUGAAGCUGACCGUGUUCGAUGAGGACCGCUACGGCAGCGCCACGGAGAUGGGCUCAGUCACCCAGCCACUCAGGGUCCUGAAGAAACUCAUCACCUCAGAAGCCAUCCAGACCGUCUCCGAAGACAUACGACCCAGCUCGAAGACAUACGGCGAGCUGCUGUUUGGUCUCAGCUACCUGCCCACGGCACAGAGGCUGACCCUGACUAUAUCACGGGGAUCGGCCCUCAUGACCUCCAGGGUCACUGAGGACAUUCAGCAAUUCUGUCCGUACGUGAGGGCGUUCCUGCUGAGCGGGUCGGGGCGGCUGAUCAAAAAGAAGAAGACGGCGGCCAAGCCUGCGGGCGCGUCUCCGAUUUUUGACGAGACGGUGGUGUUUGACCUGCCGUUCGCGCAGCUGGAGGUGGUCACCGUGCUGGUGUGCGUGUUCCACCGGCCGCCGGAGGUGGCGCACAACUCCAACGGCGCCUCAGGAGACCCGGGUGACGAUCCGCCGGAGGGCCGCCAGCCGCCGUCCCGCAGGGAGCUCUGCGUCGGAAAGGUGGCCGUGGGCCGGCACGUGCGCGGAGACGCGGGCCGUCACCCACUGGAUAUCGAUGAUGCAGAGUCCGAGACGGACCGUGUCCCAGUGGCAUUGUCUGAGGUAGCGGCGCCGCCUCAUCGGCGAGCGAGGGUGCGAUGAAACGAUGACAAAUGUAACGAACGGUUCUCAACCCGGCCAACAAAUAUGGCAUCGGGGAAUACAAACCGUCUAUUUCAACAGGCCGAGAAAAUCAGUUUGCCUUGUGAGUUGUGACAUGACGAGUUUUCAUGUGUCGUGAAUCUAACCGAUAUUUAUGAACUUAUUCUAGCCCUGCGAAUGUCGCUAUGACCUUAUAGGAUGAACGCCGGUAGACCCACAGCAGACCAUUUGUCAAUGGUGAUCUAUAUUGUUCGCUGGAUGUGUUCUUGGGAGGCAAAUGGCACAAUGUAUGGUGCGUUGCCUGGAGAUCGAAAUCCGCCCACAACAUUCAUACUUUUGCCCCUUAUUCUUUUGUGUUGGAUCAUGAUGCAUAGGUAUUGGGGGGAGUGUCAGGCGACGUUUAAGUCUGAACAUGGAACACGAUGUGCUCCGACGGGCAAAAUAAAAUGUACAUCAACUUGCUUAUAGAAAUCCAGAACGCUAGCAUCCAGAUAGUCGACAAAUAUUGGUAAUAAAUACAUAUAUCUAACUGUCGAACAUCAA